CUUCAACCGCCAUUUUGGGAGGUUCGCUGAAGUGAAAUUCAAAUACAAUUAGGCUUUUGACAGUACCUGUUCCAAACAAAAGAACUAUUCCCGGCCAAGGGAUAUUAUUUUAGCUGCUAACUCGUCUUUUUCCUGGACGUGUAGUUGAUUCUUUUUAUUUUCUUGCAAAGAAGUCUGAAAAUCUCGCGGUUGACGCUUCCCGGAAGUUGCUGGGCGAGAGGCCCUAAAGGACUAUCACAAUAACGAGGCUGUCAGUGCUUCCCUCAAUCAUUCUCCCGUGCAGUGGGCAGGUAUUGACAACUCAAGACACAUGACAAGAUGGGGAAGUUAAUAUCUAAAAUAUUCGGGAAUAAAGAAAUGAGAAUUCUUAUGUUAGGACUAGAUGCAGCUGGAAAAACAACUAUAUUGUAUAAAUUAAAAUUAGGUCAAUCAGUAACAACAAUUCCAACAGUAGGCUUCAAUGUAGAAACAGUAACGUACAAAAAUGUUAAAUUUAAUGUUUGGGAUGUAGGAGGGCAAGAUAAAAUCAGGCCACUAUGGCGACAUUACUAUACAGGCACACAGGGACUCAUAUUUGUUGUUGAUUGUGCAGACAGAGAUAGGAUUGACGAAGCAAGGCAAGAACUACAUAGGAUUAUCAAUGAUCGAGAAAUGAGAGAUUCUAUAAUAUUGAUAUUUGCCAAUAAGCAGGAUUUGCCUGAUGCAAUGAAACCACAUGAAAUUCAAGAGAAGCUAGGGCUUACGCGGAUCCGAGAUCGAAAUUGGUAUGUGCAGCCAGCGUGUGCGACAACAGGGGAUGGAUUAUACGAAGGACUAACGUGGUUAACGUCUAAUAACAAAUCAUAAUACAUGUGUCAUCAUUCAAGUCAUCAAUAUCUAUUGUCAUAUUAUAUUAACAUUGGAGUUAUUGCCUGGGAACAAAUUAAUUAUUGUUUUCGUAAUAUUUUUUUGUUAUUCAAAAACUGUGUUCAUUUGCACAGCAUGCAUAAUACUCACACACACACAUCAUAGUGUUAUUAUUAAUAAAUUUUAGUCUUCGACAUCAAAUUAAAUACUUAAAGACCCCCUCCCCCAUAGACUCCAACUUGGCAUUCUGUGUAAAUUCUGAUUUAUAUUUUAAAAAGGCUGAAAUCUUCAUUUUCUGAGAGAAUACUUAUUCUAUUAUAUACCUAUCAAUUACUACAAAAUAUUUCAUUUGUGGUUGACUUGAAACAUAGCAACCCUUUGUAUUGUGUAACCACUGGUUAUCCCCAGGCCACCACUUUCUAACAACAAAAAAUGCUGAGAUAUUGUGACGCGUGUCUCAUUUUUCCGCUUUAUGUAAAUAUCCUACAAGUUCGCAAUAAUCCAUGUUCCAUGCAGCAGCAUUGCGUUUUAUUUUUUUUGGCUGUUUGUUGCUGACCACCUAUAUGUAUGAUUCAUAGCUAUAGUACUACUGCUAGUAAUAUCAGAAUUCUUUAAAAUGGUCCCACCAUGGCAUGGCUUUAACAAUUAGUAUAAUUCUAUAGUACCGUGUAAUGGUCUGGAAACUUGUGGGGAUUUUUUUUUUUUUUAAAGAGCUUGAUCAUUGAGGUUAUUUAGUGGUAUGUAUUUUUAUAUUGCAAUUAACUUGGCCAUUUUAAAUGUAUACAAUAUGAAAGAGGUGCUAUAUUCAGAAUGUAUUGCAGUAUUGAAACAUAGCUGUUGAUGUUGUGGUAGUGUAUGAUUACGGUAUCAAGUCAGUUACAUAAGCUACAAACAUGUCUUUCAAGCUGUAGAAAUAAGGAAUUUGUACCAGAAUUGUUUAACUUGUUUCUGUGUUGUAUCCCACCCACUCACUGUUAUUGUACAUUUGUUGAUUUCUUACGUUACAUUUGAUGGUCAACUUAUUUUGCUACACAUGUAUGUGCAUUUGUUCUAGCAGUAGUCAUGGUAUUCAAUUGUAAAAUAGCGAAUGUUGUUUAUGACCAUUGUAUCAGUCUGUCACUUUUGUACAAAAUUUGUUUUCCUUGGCAAAAUACAAUAGUAGUGGAGAGUAGCAUGUUAUUCUGUAUCAGUUACGACUUAUCCUUUCCAAAUAUCACCUGAAAUUUUGAGCAUUAGUUUUAUCAAUUUGGGGACAACUACAAACAGAACUGACUUAUAAUGAACCUUGAAUCCUGUUUCUAUGCACAUAAACCCAUGAAUAUAAUAGUUUCUGUUGCAGAGGGGUGAAAUGAUGCUAAUCAUCUUUAUAAAAGUUCAGCCACAACUUUGUGUUUUUAAGCAAUUUGUAAUUGGCCUUGAUGCUGAUACAGCAGAGUGUACUGGUAUGGUAUUGGUUUCUCACAUGUUCAGUAGCUGAAUAUAGCUAAAAUGCAAAUAGCCACCAAGAUCUUUGAAAGCAAGAAAAGCCCACAAGUCUUGUUUUUUUCACUCCAAUUUUCCAUUCUCAUCUUCCAUCACGUCCACUGUUCUAAUUACCAUGGUUACACCAUUUGAAGGAAAACAAAUUCCUGUGGUUUUCUUGCUCUUAACAAGAUCUUGGUGGCUAUUUUUGUUUAAGUGGAAUAUUGAAUGGUUGUUUGUGGCAAGUCAGUUUACUUUACUUUUAAAUCUCUUUAUUUGCUGUGAUAUUAUUGUAAUCUGGCCAAUCAAAUGAGCUGGCUGCUCAUUGGACAUGCGCACAUACCCACAAGCAACCCUUCCUGGCCCACAAAAGUGGAAUGUCUAAGAAAAGCAACCAUCAUUGCUUUUUUUUUUAAGACAUUUUUUUAAGAGUUUAAAUUUAUUGCAUACUUGAAUAUUGCAUAAAGAGAUGUAAUUUAAACAUAACUAUUGGUCACCAGAUAUUUAAUUCAUUAAGUUUUUGAGACCUGUAUGCUUGAGAUGUGCCCUCUAGAGGGCACCCUAAUUUCUUAUCAAGUCUUCAUACACACAUACACACACUAAGUAGUCAAUCUGUAGUAUAUUCAUAAUAUUUUCCCCAAAAUUUUGAUUUCUAUUGAGUUUUUGUAAAUUCCUUGAAUCUUUGAACACACAAAUUUUACUUUUCCCCGUCUCCAUUCAUUGGCCUGUUAAAGUACUUGUGUAUUUAUAUUUUUAGUGUGGUUGGUACCGUGGUAGACUCCACAGGCCAGUCUGAUGUAUUCAAUAAUGUGUUUACAAACUUGGCCUGUAAUAAAUUUAGUUCACAAAGAGGGAAGUGGUUAGCUAAGAAAUAUAUAGAAAUGUACUUUUUAUUUUAUUUGCUGCGACCAUUUGUUGUCCACAGUAUAUCAACUUUUGUAGAUAUGUCAUUUGCAGCAUAAUUAAAAUCGAUGCAUUUUUCUUUUUUUUUUCAAA